AAUGGCAUUCUUGUUUCCUUCAAUAUUUAACAAAUUUUUCUUAAUUUUAUUUUUUAUAAUUCCAAUACAAGGUAGUCCUGAAGAUCCUUCGCUGACUUUUGAGCACUUCUAUCAAUCUGGCAAAAAUGAAUAUACAAAUGGAAAUUGGGCCGAUUGUGUGGCUUAUAUGCUUAAAGCUAUUGAAGAUUUUCUUUUCUACCGACAAGAGGUCCUCUGGUGUAGAAGGCAAGUUUGUUUGUUUUUUGAAAAUAAAAAGUUGGCCUCCAGUAAUUCAUUUUUAUUAAUUUUUAAGAUUUUUUUGGAUCCCACUAAAAAAUUUUUACGAAAAAUUAUUUUUCUUUUAGAAUGUGCUACAGCCGAUAUGGAGCUGAUUUGA